GGAAGAGGUCGACGAGAAGUGCGUCGAUAUGAUGCAAAAUGUAGGCAGCGAUGAUUCAUCUGUAGGACACCACACGAGUAGAAAAGAGACUUGACAUGAGUGAGACAUCUUCAGAUGCAGACAUUCCUGACAACUUCACCCUCUCCAUCAGAAGAGGACAGUCCCGGGACAUCGGAAAUUGAGUUUAAAAAUGUCGAAAUAUAAAAUGUGGGCAGCGAUGACCGAUCUGUAAAGGCACACGAAGAGAGAGGCGCAUGACAAGAUACACGUUUAGUGAGACGCAGCACACUGAGCACAUCCUACCUUCUGACUCGGUCCUUGGAGACGCCAUGCGUCCAAAAGCCUCACGCGGCUCGCAUCGAGGUUUGAAACUCGGCCUCGAUCGGUAGUGGCGCUUCUGUAACUCGAGUACUGGGCCAUGGCUGGACCAUAGCAUUCACAGCGAAUGAAUACGCAGACAGAACACGGGAAAUGAAGGCGGCGAUGCUCUUCAUUGAUGAGCAUGCGUUCGUUGUUCCUCCCUUUCCAGGCCCUCUCUCUCUGUCCCUUCCUCGGAUUCUCUCCUCACCCCUCUCAAUCAUCUGCACCUUCACAUGGUGGUCUAGAGUCGACAAAGUGCACAGACGCAGUGAGGUGAGGGAGGGGGCGGGAGGCGCGCGUUGAGCGUUGAGGCUGCCAAGAGCUGUGUGCGGGGUGGUGGUGCAUCGGGGGGUGCUGGGGGGCCAUGGCGGAGUGGGUGGUGUAGGUGGGCUGCAGGGGCGGCAUGCCCUGGUACGGCCUCGUGAUGGCGGCAGGGGCGUGGCCCAGAGUGCUGAGGGCCUCCUGACGCUGGUAGACCUCAGCCUUGGCGCGGAACUUUUCACACUGCGCCCUCACACCAGCUAGUUCCUCCUGAUGGAUGGAUGAAGGGACGCCACACACACACACACACACACGCACAAACGCAUCCAGGGUGUGACGAAUGGAUGGAUGGAUGAGUGUGAGGUGGGGCGAAAAAGAGGCUGACUAGCUGACCUUGACGGUGGCGAGCUCCGCAUUGUCGCUCCUGGUUCGCUCCAGCUCGGCCUGCGCUUGCUGGUCGACGACGCCAAGACGUCCUGCAUACACACAUGCACCACACACAUGCGUCUCUUGUUCAUGGCCCUGCCGUCCUCUUCUCCUUCAUGGCUUCUUGGGUGUGCGCGCUGCAAUCGAAGGGACACAUAGCGGCACAGAGAGACAAUGCCGUGUGGAUGAUGCAUGUAAGAAGGUUGGCGGCUCUUACUGAAUUGCGGGGCCCUUGGCCCGUAGCCUUGGCCUUCAGCGGCAUCCUCCACCUGUCUGCAAUUUGACAAUAACAAAUUGAGCUCAAUGCCUUCCUGUCUGUGCGUUUCCGUGCGCGAGAAUCGGAAGAAGAGACCCCAGAAUAUAAAAAGUAGACAACGAUUUUGCCCCCGACUGCCUGCAGACGGACAAGCAUCUCAGUACUGUAUCUGUAUGUCUCUGUCCUUUUUUGAGCGGUGAGCCACAUACAACACAUACACACACAAAGCACGAACCACGGAAGAUAAGUGUGCCACACCUUCCCAGGCCCUCUCCCUCUCUGUCCCUUCCUCGGGCUCUCUCCUCACCUCGCUCAAUCAUCU